GGCGAUCUAGGUUGAAGCUCCCUUUCUGGACCACCACUGUCUGGUACCUCACAGCUACCUAUGCCAGCCCUAUCCCUUCCAAGUCUCUACCCUACUUUACCCAUCCUAUCCUCCAGAAUCCCUCCAGUGAAGACCUACGUCCAGGAAGAGUUUCAUGAGGUUUCAACAAAGGGACAAAAUGACUCCCAGUGACCAGGAGCUGCUUACUCCUUUGCCACAGGUUGGACGAGAAGACCUUGGGGGUUCUUCCAGUUUUAGGCUUCUGACCGUUUUUGGCAAGGAACUUUUCCUCCGGCCUGGGGUGAGACCCGCGGGAGCUGCAGGAGCCAUUGGAACAAGGAUGGCCGGAGCCGGGUCCUCCGACGUGAAGCUGGAGAAGAGUGUCAGGCGUUUUAGGGAGAAGUUUCAUGGCCAUGUGUCUGUGAAGAAGGCGAAUGUCUUAAUGGAGAGAUACGAUCACAACCAUGACUUCGUCUCUUCCUGGCUGGUUAAACAAGUGAAGGAAUUGGGAUCAGAAAAUGAAGAUGUAUACCAAGCAGACUCUGAUGUCCAGGACCAACAAAAUAUCUUGAAGGACAGAGACAUUGAGGAGGUGGCUGCCACCAUGAACUUACCCCUGACAGAGAAAAAUCUGCGCAUGUUGGAUGAUGCCCAGAAGGGCCAUAUCUCCAAGGAAGACUGCCAGUUUGCCUGCCGUGCCUGUGACAACAUGUGGUGGCGCCGGGUGCCUGAGCGCAAAAAGGUGUCCCGAUGCCGGAAGUGCUGGGUGAAAUACGAACCAGUGCCCAAAGACAAGAUGUGGGGUAAAGCUGAGUUCCAGUGUUUACAAUGUGGUCAUACCUUCACGGGUUUUGCCCAGAUGGGAACUCCAUCUCCAUGCUACCACUGUGGCAACUCUGUUCUGCCAAAUCGAAUCCUCCCCCCACGCCGGCCCCAAAAUGAAAGAGGCAGAAAAAAUACACACACCUGCUUUGCUGAGGACUGCUACAACCGACAAGGAUCCUACACACCAGGGACCUCCUGUGUGCACCCCAAGAGCCGGAAACAGAAAAAUAUGCCCAUUGUCUUGUUCCCAAGUGCCGUCCACGAAAGCAGUGGCUCCACUGUGGCCACUUGCCUUAGCCAGGGCAGUCUCCUACAAGACCUGGACGACUUAAUCCUGGAGGACCUCAAAGAGGAAGCAGAAGAAGAGGAAGGCAACUAGGAGCCUUAGCUCCCCCUUCCCACCCCGAUAUCCCCUACCGACUUGGAGGACCAGUGUUGACCUAUGGGACCAGUAGAAGUUCGGGGUGGGUCCUCAACUGUGGUCUGGAGGGAGGCUGACAAGUCACUCAAGGGAAAGCUUCAGGCUACUCAGGCCUCUCCCUAGCAUGUAAGAGGGUCCAUGUCUGUGCACUUUAGCUUAGUGGAGGUGGGUAAGGCCCUCCUAACCCCCUCCACGUGGGAAAUAGCGCGGCCCCCAUACCCCCAUGCCAUAUACAUAGACGUACAUUAUGAUGUUAAUGUUUUAUAUACCAUGUUCAAAAUAACAAAGGGACAUGCCCUAUUCCUGAAUGACAGUAUCUCAUUCCUGCAGGGCUAAGGGUUAGGGGUGGUGGUGGUAUAUAGGCUUGAUGGGGUAUGAUUUGUGAUAUGGUGGGGAGGUGCUAUUUAUAAUGCCCUGGGCUUUGCAGACCCCACCCCCCACUCACACAAACUCUAGGACACAAGAAGCCAGGCAGUCCAAGAUAGUCAAAGACACCUCCCCCCACCCCAAUAUCCAAAGGGUGGAGAUCAGGAGUCAGAGGGGCCGAAUCAGCAUUGCCACCUUCUUGAGUGAAUAGGCACCACCCCUAAAUUCAGCCCAGUAGACACCAUCUUGAUAACGGCUUCGAUAGUGGCCCCCUAGGUGCCAGACACCAUUGAGGUUGGAAUGGGCACAGGCGUGGUACCACCAGCCACCCCGCUGGUACAGAGCACAGUUACCUGGGGCAAAAGAAAGAAGAGAAGGUGUCAAGGGCUGCACAAGCCAUCACUAAUAUCCCCAUCCCCUAGGUUCACAUACCUCUGGAAAGGGGGGAUAGACAGGUUUUUCUGAGCAAAGCAGUGAUCCCCAAGACUCUGACUCUGAAGCAGGAGUCCUGGGAACCUCCCUUCCCCUACAACCAUCCCACCCUUCUUGGCAGGUUAAGAUCUGAACCACUGAAUGUCCUCUUUCUCUAUUCCCUUCCCCCUUGCUGGAAUGAGUCCCAGUCCCCAGUCUCUGUUCCCUCCCCCCCACAGGCCUUGUCUUCCCUCACAGAAUUCAUUGGAUGGAAAUUUAAAGGCCAUUUAGUCUAACCCACAGCUGACCAAGAAAACUCUCUACACAACAUCAUGAACAAACGGUCACUGCUCCUUCACUUGAAGAUAAGUGAGAGGGAAUCCACCACCUUCCAUGGCCCAUCUCACUUGUGGAUGACUCUAAAAUGUAGGAAGUUUUUCCUAACAUCAAGCCCAACCCUGUCUCUCCACAGUUUCUACCCAAGCAGAACAAGACUAAGCUAUCCUUCUUCCUCAUGACAGGAUUACACAGCUAGGAAGUGUCUGAAGCCAGAUUUGAACCUGAGUCUCCCUGAUUCUAGGUUCAGACUCCUAUCUACUGCGCCAGGACAAAGAUCAUUGUCCCUCCGAGUCUUCCCUUCUCCAAACUAAAUGCCCAUUUCUUUCCACGAUUUUCCUAUGGAAUCCUUCCAAACCUCCAUCCCCUCCCAGUCAAAAUUGUCUGCAUUCACUAGCCAUGGUAUCCUUCCUAAAACAUGGUGUCCGGAACUGAAAACAACACAGAUAAAGUGGGCAGUGACUGUGGGAUUGUUACUUCCUUCAUUGACACCCUUGGUGCUGCCUACAUUAAUGCAGCUUCACAUGUCUAGAUCUGGAAGGGAGCUCAGAGCCCAUUUAGUCAAAGCCCCUCUUUUUGCAGAGGAGGAGAUGUGUUGGAGUCUGGCUGCUAAAUUAUCACACUGUUGGUUCACAUUGAGCUUCUGGUCCACUGAAAUCCCUGUCUCUCUCACAUGAACUGUUGUCUCUCUCCCAUCCUGGGCCUGUGAAGUUGGAUCUCAAAUAAAGACUUUCCAUUUA